AUGACGAGUCGACGCUGCUUAGAAGAACAUGACCUGUUACCCUCUCGAACUGCUAGUCGAACUCGACAUCUCAAUCCGGGCCAAACAGCCUCCAGAAAUGUCAUUGAUCCUCCACCAGCAGGGAGUGAUAAUCUCAGUCGCCUCUUUGUUCGUCUUCAUCCGUCCAAAUCAUUUACUAACUGCCCAUCGAGCCACCUUCAACUGUCAACCAGCGUUCUCAUCCGGCCGGUCUAG